AUGACAGAUUUCAUAUUUGAAUGGUUCUUUUUCUUUAUCCUACCCUUCAUGUUGUUAUUGAAAGGACUUAAACCAAUAUGGCGGAAAACGCUCGGACCUUGCUUUAAUGCUGGACUCGACUGCCUUGGGAAACAGGUUGCAAGCCUUUGGAACACGUUUUACGCUUCAAUUAAAGAGAAGGUAUCAAACAAACAGCGGAAAGAAAUUGCUGAGAAUGAAUACGAUAUCUGUGAAUCUGGAGACAAAAGAGGGAGUGAAAGUAGUGUAACUGGAAAUCAUGAAAGUGAAUAUGAUGUUACAGGAAGGAAUGCUACCGGCAACAAUGUUAACGGAAGUGACGCCACCGGAAGUAAUUGCAACGGUAAUGUACCGGGAAAUGAUGUGAGAGGUAUUUAUGUUACAGGAAGUGGCAUUGACAGAAGUAAUGUUACCGUAAGUGAUAUGAACGAAAGUCAUGUUACCGCAAGUGACGUUAGCAGAAGUGAUGUUACCGGAAGUAAUUUGGGGAGAUUUACCGGAAGUCAUGAGAGUGGAAAUAGUAUUACCGGAAGUGAUGACGCCAGAAGCGGCAUAACCAUAAGUAAUAUUGGAGAACAUGUUUAUAAUACCACAUGCGACGAUACCGGAAGUGAUGUAACUGGGAGCGCUGUUACCGGAAGUUAUGGUAACGAAAGUGAUGUUACCGUAAGAGAUGACGCUAAAAAUUAUGGCAGUGCUUCUGGUAUCAGCCAAACAUCGCGUUCCACCAUCAGCGAAACGAAUGACAGAUUGUACCACUAG